GUCCUCCAAACCCCCACGUACUAUACUACGUACGUUAUUAACCCCACCUCCCCAGCAGCUAGCAUCUCCUCGUCGCUAGCAAAGCAACACCCGAAGGCCUGCGGGCGCGCGGCGUGCGGCCACGCCACCGCGCCAUGGGCAACGCUCUGGCGGGCAGGCGGCGCGCGGCCAAGGUGAUGACGGUGGACGGCGCCACGUUCCGCUACAAGACCCCCGCGGCGGCGUGCGCGGCGCUGCGCGGCCACCCGGGCCACCAGCUCCUGGAGUCGGAGGAGGUGCGGCGGCUGGGCGUGCGCGCGCGCCCGCUGGACCGCGACGCGCCGCUCAAGCCCGGGAAGCUCUACUUCCUGGUGCAGAUCCCCCGCGGCGGCGCCGGGGACGGCGACGACCCGCGCGCGCCGCGCAAGACGUGGUCGGGCGCGCUGCGCGUGGGCGCCCGCGAGCGCCUGGAGGGCCUGAUGCUGUCCCGGCGCACCGUCUCGGACGUGUCGUCCAUCCUGCCGCCGCCCGCCGCCGCGCGCCUCGCCGCCGCGUCGCCGUCGCCGUCGCCGCCGUCGUCCGUGGAGGUGGGCGCCGACGGCGCGGUGCGGCUGCGCAUGCGCCUGCCCAAGGCCGACGUGGCGCGGCUGAUGCAGGAGAGCCGGGACCCCGCCGAGGCCGCCGAGCGGAUCAUGCAGCUGUGCGUGGCCAGGGACCAGGGCGUCGUCGCAGCGCCGCCGCCCUCCGCGCUGAUGUCCGGCAAGAACCCGGCGCCGGCGGCGGCUCCAGCGCCGGCGUUGAAGAAAGAGAAGCGAACAAGGUUCAAGGCAGUCCCAGACGAGAUCAUCGGAUGACAAGCGGAAGCCUUGAGAUCGAGUACUCCUGUUUUUUUUUUCUCUCUCUUCCCCUGCUUGAUCGCUUGUUCAUCGGCAAGAUGCAUGGGUUGCUGGGGUUAUCUGGAACAUGAGAAGCCGCUCUGGCUUCCUAUCUAAUCUCCCCAGCAAUUCUCAUCGCGUCCUAAGUCUUAGGCCAGUCGCCAUCUACGUACUUCAGUCUUCGUUCUCUGUUUUCAUAGGUAUGGAAACGUAGCAGUAUAGCACUGUAGUAGUUAAUUAGGAAAGCAAAAAAAAUGACGAAGAAAAAUAUGCUAGCAAUAUGUACCGUACUGGUGUGAUAUACAUGGGGCAUGUACAGCCACCUUGAUCAGAGGGUCAGUGUGAAUGAAACACUGAAUCAGAAUGUAUAUAUUCUAUGUUUGUAUAUUUAUAACUAGCCACGUUUCUUUCUCAGUUU